AUGACUUCGCUAUCAACACUCUCGACGACAGCGCCCUUGUGGGUUGCUGCACGACCACAGACCUUUCUCCAUCUGGCCGUAAGGACAUACUCCGGAGUCGCAGUCACGACCUUCAACACCUCCAGUCUCGCCAGAAACCGCUCCUCACCAUUCACCUACACCUCCAAGCGAUUUAUCUCCUCAACGCCCAGAUCCCAGAUCAAAGAAUACUUCCCACCUCCCACCACCCCAGGUGUGAAAGAGGUGACGUCGGCAUGGGUGCACCCGGUAUACACCGAGUCUCAGAUGGAGAGCGUGAAGAUUGCACACCGCGAAGCCACCAAUUGGUCUGAUUGGAUCGCCCUGGGCACAGUCCGUGUCUUUCGAUGGGGUAUGGACUUUGCGACGGGAUACAAACACCCCGAGCCGGGACAGGAGACGUCGGAGAAAUUCAAGAUGACAGGUAAAAAAUGGCUGGCCCGGUUCAUCUUUUUGGAGAGUGUAGCGGGUGUGCCUGGCAUGGUUGGCGGUAUGCUGCGACAUCUGCGCAGCUUGCGACGGAUGAAGCGCGAUAAUGGAUGGAUCGAAACCCUCCUGGAAGAAGCAUUCAACGAGCGCAUGCACUUGCUAACCCUCCUCAAACUGGCUGAGCCGGGCUGGUUCAUGCGCCUCAUGGUUCUCGGCGCCCAGGGCGUCUUCUUCAACGGCUUCUUCCUGGCCUACCUUGUUUCCCCACGCAUCUGCCACCGAUUCGUAGGCUAUCUGGAAGAAGAGGCGGUGCUCACCUACACACGGGCCAUCAAGGAUCUUGAGAAUGGCCAAUUGCCUGAAUGGAAUGAGCUCAAGGCACCCGCGAUCGCCGUACAAUACUGGCAGAUGCCUGAGAACCAGCGCACUAUGCGCGACCUGCUGCUCUACAUCCGCGCCGACGAGGCCAAGCACCGCGAGGUCAAUCAUACACUGGGCAACCUCAACCAGGAGGUCGAUCCCAAUCCCUAUCAGACACAGUACCGGGACCCGAGCAAGAGUCAUCCGAGCAAGGGUAUCGAGAAUCUGAAGCAGACGGGUUGGGAGCGGAAGGACAUCUUUUAG